GGUGACAUUGGCACUUGUUGUAACAAUAGCGAGCUGAGGGGGAACAGGUGCACUGGCUCACCUGCAGAGGGAAUUAAAGGGCGUUUAUGUGAUGCUGCUGGGUUCCUUACACCGGUGACCCCUCUACAAGAGAUGCAUAAUGGAAUGGCCCUGCCCUUGGAUUUUGCAGGGUGAGCUACAACCCUGCAGUUUGUAGUUUCCAGUCCCACCGACCUGUCCAGGUGUCCGAAUCCUCUCGGUAUGUAACUGCAGCUGAUACCUGCCUUCAAGACGGAAGCCUUCUAAACCUUUUAAGGGUCCACUUCCCCGACAGCAAUAUGCCAGAGCAAAGCAAUCAUUACCAGGUGGUGGUGUUCGGUGCUGCAGGAGUUGGGAAAAGUUCCCUGGUUCUUCGAUUUGUACGGGGAACUUUUAGGGAAACCUAUAUCCCUACUAUAGAAGAUACCUACAGACAGGUCAUCAGCUGUGAUAAGAACGUUUGCACCUUACAGAUCACCGACACCACUGGAAGUCACCAGUUCCCUGCCAUGCAAAGGUUGUCCAUCUCCAAGGGCCACGCUUUCAUCUUGGUCUACUCAGUGACGAGUAGACAGUCCAUGGAGGAGCUUCAUCCAAUACAUGAGCAGAUCUGUCAGAUUAAAGGAGACACACACAACAUUCCCAUCAUGCUGGUAGGCAAUAAGAGUGAUGAGUCCAUGAGGGAGGUCCAGACCAGCGAAGGAGAUAGUUUGGCCAACAAGUGGAAGUGCUCAUUCAUGGAGACAUCUGCCAAACUUAACUACAAUGUACAGGAACUGUUCCAGGAGCUUUUACAUUUGGAGAAGAGGAGAACUGUUAGCCUCCAGGUGGCCGGGAAAAAGUCCAAGCAGCAGAAAAAGAAAGAAAAGCUGAAAGGAAAAUGCUCUAUAAUGUAGGAUGACCUCAGACUAGCGGACUGGCAUUACGGCAUGAAGCAAUCCAGACUUUCUCAGACAUUUAUAAUAGAAGGCAUUAACUUUUAGGUCAGAAUACUUUGCUGGAAACAGCGCCAGGUUUUCGUGGUAUUAUGGUUACUAUAGCAACCAUAUCCAGCCAUCCUGUAAGUUUAGAAGACAAGCUGCAGUAUACGCAUGUCCGUGCAACGUCAUUUAGCAGUUGGUCAUCUUACUUAAAACAUUUGUGCGUCUCAAAGCUAGCGCCAACACGGAAGGGACCGGUUUUGGACCAUUCCUGUAUAUGAAAUUUUGUUGGAACGCCUUUGACUGCAGAUUGCACAGCUCUUAAGGGGUUGUGUAACAUUCGCGUGCCGGGACGUUUGGAAUUUAGGAAAUGAAUUGCUGCUUUAAUUUAAACGUAUAUAUGUGGUCACCUUUUUUUAUGUUUGUGUUUGGUUUUCCUUUGUACUGCUUUAAUUUCUUUUCUUUUUGAAACCUCUUGUGCUAUGUAAGUGGACCCUGUUUUUGUACGUCAUCCUUUUUAAUAUGAAAUUGAGGAUAAUGAAAUAUUUCAGACACUCAUUCUAUGUGCGAUACCUGUAAAUUCUGGCAACGGUUGGUAUAGCGAUUUCAGCUGUACAUUGUGUUAGAGCGGAUUUUACUGGAAAUAAAGAAUAUUCCCUGUG